AUGUCCGAACCACCGCGGACGCCUCCUCGCCGUGCAGCGCCUGCGCUUGGUAGCGCUACAAGAAGUCCCGGGACACCACGUCGUCACAAGGUUCCUUCGAGCAAGAGCACCCAAGGCACUCGCAGGCGAACCGCGAAGUACGCGACUGCGAAGGUCAAGUCCGAUUUGAAGGAGGCAUUUAGCCUACCCUUUGAGCCAGAUGACUGGCAAGCCGAGCUGAUCUCAAGGGUCUUGCGUGGAUAUGACAGCAUCUUUUGUGCAGGUACAGGCUAUGGCAAGAGCCUCGUCUUCCAGGCUCUUGCGAAGCUGGGCGGGAAAAACAAAGCCGUUUUAGUGAUCUGUCCACUGAAAGCUCUCGAAGCUGACCAGGUUCGGGAAGCCGAGGCGAAGGGUUUGCGGGCGGUGAUGAUCAACGAGGACAACUCGAAGACUCGCGAAGCCUGGGCGGAAGCACGUACGAAGGCGCAAAUGAUCUACAUCUCGCCUGAGAUGGCCCUAUCCGACUCGUUCACCAAGCUGUGGAAAGAUGGCAAGUUCCGGGACCGCGUCCAAGCUGUCGUCAUUGACGAAGCACACUGCGUUGACGAGUGGGGCAAGGACGACUUCCGGAAGCAGUACCGGCAGCUCAAAUACCUUCGACACUAUACCGGGCACUCGAUUCCCUUCGUUGCGUGCACGGCCACAUGCUCAUCUGCCACGUUUGACACACUGUGGGAGACCCUAGGCUAUGGCUACCGCCCGUUCUGGGGAAUCGAUGUAGGGAGCGACCGCCCAAACUUGUUCUUCGACACUCGUCCCAUCACCAACAAGGCGAACCCUGUCAUCGACGUCUUGGGGAUCCUACCGCCUUCCUUUAGCUCAGAUACACCUCUCGACGCCGUCCCCAAGUGCAUCCUCUACUUCGAAUCCGAGAACGCCUGUUUACAGGCCAAGAUCACCCUUCGCAAGUGCCUGCCAGCGCACCUCCGCGACACCGUGUACGCCUUUUCGUCGAGUAUCUCCGAAAAGGCAAAGCGUCAGGUUUGGGAUCGUUUCCGAGAGGGUAGCUUGCGAAUCCUAUGCGCGACAGAUGCAGCGGGAAUGGGAUGCAAUGUCCCGGACAUCCAGUAUGUUAUCAUCAUUGGAUGUCCGCGAUCGCUCUCUGUUGUCGCGCAGCGCUGGGGACGAGCAGGUCGAGACCGCUCGACGCCCGCAACAUGUCUUCUACUUGUGCCAAAAUGGGCUUUUCGGCCCGAUCCUGCGCAGAGUGCCGUGGUUAACCCGGCCAUCCGACGUGUACGGAAGACGAAUGCGGCCACGACUACUGUGAAGCAAGAGACGAAGAAGGAUGCUGAGCAGCGAGCUCGUCUGCCGGCGCCUCUGGAACAGUUCAUCAACGUGAACACUUUGGAAGGCCAGAGUCGAUGCUCGCAUGCGUAUGUUGGUCAGGCCUUCCGUCCGAACACUCGAUUGGACAAUUACCGGCUGCUGGAUAACUCGGACGAACCUACCCGUGGUUCGCGAGCCAGUGCUUUUGAGCUGUCAUGGACCACUCUGGACCUUGGUCGGCACCCGCCUCGUACGCGGUGCUGCAAUUACUGCACACCGCGGAAUCCCCAUAUCAUUCCCUCCUGCUCGAAUGAUGACCGCCGUUUGCGAGCCUAUGCUGCCGACUUCGCGGCGCCCCUUGUCGAGCUGUCGAGUCGCCCGGCUUCCCGGACAGCAAGCUCGAUUGCAUCUUCCGCCUCGGUAGCUCGCAGCGACGACUUCAUCCCAGUGAAGGGGAAGUCGCAGGUGGCGCAGUAUGAAAGGGAGCAGCUCCGCAAGAUGCUCGUUGCCUGGCGAGAUCAGUUUGUCGACCCCGAACGUGGCUACCGCUUCAUGUCGAGGGAGGUUGACCUUCCCACAGCUCUGAUUGGCCAGCUUGUCGAGCAAGCUGGGCAGUUCCUCCGCCUCCAUGACAUCGAACACAAGGAUGUCUUGAAGGUGAUCACUUGGGACUCGGCCUCGGAGGCGGAGCUCAAUGGGCUGAUCUCGGUGCUCGCGGACUGGCGUCUCCGUGUACGUCUUUCUACGACACCAACAUCACAACGCCGAGCCAGCAAAAAGGCCCGCGUCGUAGACCUUGCACCACCCAUCAAGGCGCCGGAUUUCAUUACAAGUGCCAGAUUAACAAGUGCAGCUGGCCCACCCAUUCAAGAUAGCUUCGUCUCGACACCGUAUGAGCUGUUCCGCAUUUGUCAGGAUUGUAUGAUGCUCAUGAUUGGGUUGGCAGGGCAGUAUCAAUUCCAAGCCGAGCUGCAUUUCCGCAGACUCCACAUCUGA